ACACAACCAUCAACGGCUAUUUUACUGGCCAUACCAUGUGAACCAUCGCAACGGUCACAUUUUAUUUCUCCACGCUCCCAAUCUCUCAUCCUAUAAAUUUCCCAACACCAACGUUCCUCAAAGGACACACAAACACGACUUCCAACAUUGUUGUAACUAUUUUCCGACAUUCAUCCUCGUACUUUCCAAAUCAUCUAAACCUCCAAAAAUGACUAGGUUUCUUUCACUCUUAGUACUUUCUAUGUUGUUCACAACAUCCUCGGUUUUGGUUUGUGCAGACAAUGCUCCGGCUUCUUCUCCUAAGUCGUCAUCAGUUUCGCAGUCGCCGGCGAAACCACCGUCUUCGGUUUCCGUUCCUCCGGUACAGUCUCCCACGGCUUCUAAAGCAGCAUCCCCUGCAAAGUCUCCAACUUUAUCUCCGCCUUCACAAACUCCGGCAGUUUCUCCAUCUGGGUCUACCUCUACCCCACCGCCGGCGAAAUCUCCGACUGCUCAGCCACCGUCUUCGGUUACCCCGGCUAUCAGCCCAUCCACCAAUGUGUCUUCCCCACCGGUUCAAUCCCCGUCCACUCCUCCGCCAACUGCAGCGGUGGCUCCGGUAACUAGUCCUGUCGGGUCCCCAACCGUUUCUUCUCCACCAGAGGCUUCUUCGGGGGGUAUCCCUUCAAGUUCGGCUACUCCGGCUGAUUCACCGGCGACACUUCCGUCUAGCAAAUCGCCGCCUGGAACUGCUCCGUCGAGUUCUUCACCGGAGACUUCUACACCGGGUCCUAUCGGAGAUGAUUCGGGUUCAUGGUCAAUUUCCGGGGCUCCGAUUGUUUUGUGCGGGUUGGCUCUUUGGGUUGCCUUGUCUUUCUGAGGCAUUUUUUGUAAUUUUAUUUGAUUCUCUUUUUGCUUAGCUUUUAAUUUUUUAAUUAUUCUUAUUUGUGUAUCACUUUAUUGAUGGAUAAAUAAUUUAUUGUUAGUUUUGUCUUUCUUCAGCAA